AGCGAGAGUUGGUGACAUCGUUCAGCGACACGUCAGCCACACGGAAGAAGGUUUCUGUCCAACCUGCCACUGCUCUGCUGAAAUAAGGAGCCUAGCUUUAUCGAAAUGGGUGGUUUCUUCUCUAGUCUCUUCUCGGGCCUUUUUGGCACCAGGGAAAUGAGGAUUUUGAUCCUUGGUUUGGACGGCGCAGGAAAAACAACCAUUCUGUACCGGCUACAGGUUGGAGAGGUGGUCACCACAAUCCCCACAAUCGGCUUCAACGUGGAGACAGUCACAUAUAAGAACCUGAAGUUCCAGGUGUGGGAUCUGGGAGGACAGACAAGCAUCAGACCCUACUGGCGGUGUUAUUACUCAAACACAGAUGCAGUCAUCUACGUGGUUGACAGCAACGACCGCGACAGGAUGGGCAUCUCCAAGUCUGAGCUGGUGGCCAUGUUGGAGGAGGAGGAGCUGAAGAAAGCCAUCCUGGUGGUAUUUGCUAACAAACAGGACAUGGAUCAGGCAAUGACACCCACUGAGGUGGCGAACGCUCUGGGCCUUCCCGCCCUCAAGGACAGAAAAUGGCAGAUCUUCAAGACCUCGGCCACAAAGGGCACAGGCCUGGACGAGGCAAUGGAAUGGUUGGUGGAUUCCCUGAAGAGUCGGCAGUAAAGACUCCCCCACCCACUCUGUAUAUACUCCUGACCUUUGACCCGUCUGUAUGAAGCCUUGUGACUGACCCCAUCCCCCACUUCCCUUUGGACCAGUGAUUGCACUCCUGCCCUCCUUUCCCCACUUCAUACCCACCUGAAGCCUUGACCAAGCCCUCCCAAUGCCUUUCAAGCCUGGAAAUAAGAAGCUGGGGCUGCAGUAACGUCAGGACUGGACACACACACAAACACACACACACACACACAAAUGCACACAAACACACUAUGCCCAAGUGAUGGUUUCAGAGAGGCCUGGGACUGCAGUGAUGGAUGGGCAACAGGUAAACCACGGCAUUUACAUUUUUAUAUAUCUCAGAAAUGCAUCCAAAUGUCUGUUGAUAGUUGAAUAACACCUGUGAAAAAACAUGUCAAACAAAACUGCUAAUUUUAAGAACCAUUUUGUAAAAGUGACAACAGGCUGGACACAGCAGCAGUAAGCUUCAGCUAAGUAAUCUGCAUGUGGAGAAACCAGAGACAGAUUAGCAUUUGACGGGCUCUAAUGUAAAAGAUGAAGAACCACCAGGAGGCAGCAUUUUCCCAUUAAAGCACAAACAUCAUCAGAGGUCCAGAUUGGGAAAGUAAAAGAAAUUUGGCUUCAGUCUGGAAAAUUUCUUCUGCAUGUCCUCUAGCCAAGUGUUACUGCAGCCUGGGUUGUUUUGUACUAUAGUCAGGCAGAUGCAAUGACAUGGAUUUCUACUUUUUCCUCCUGUUUAUUUGUGUUGUUCCUAAUUUUUAAAAAGAAAUAAUGUAGUGGUUAAAGCCUUUUUUUUCCAUUGAAACCCAUGAGCGCAGCUUUGGCAUAUUAGUCAUUUAGUUAUCGAACACUAACUGUAUGCUCAAAGUUUGAUGGUUACAUAUUUAUAUCUGCUUGUACAGUGAAAAUGAUUCUCAGUAAAGAUUACUGUCAGUGAUUGUA